AUGGCAUCCACUUCUACGGCUUCAGAUACUUCAACAGACCCUUCUCUACCCAGCACCUCGACAGCAACAACCUUCACCGCAAAGGAUUUGCUGCCCUCAUCCAUCGGUAUCAACUUACCCGCCUCCCACCAUCAUCCCCACCACAUCUACCAGCGCUGGGGUUUCGAGCCCUCACUGCAAUCGUGCAUUAACUUCACGAAUUGGCCUAGUCGGUCACUUGCCAAUCCAUCGCGCCUUCACUGCCCACACCGUCCCCGGACAUUCGCCCAUCGCCCCGGCCUACUAGGUCAAAUGCGCAUUCACGAGAGCGGCAUUGACCGUCAUGUCGGCACAUCCAACUCCUCCCACACCCUCACCCCCACCACUAACUCCCGCCCCCCUCAUUCAUCACCCUCCCAUCUCCAGGACAAGGAUGCGUCCUCAAGUUUCCGGGAACGUCCAGAUAAGUCUCCCACGUAA